AUGGCUUCCAGUUGUACUGAGCUAGCAGAGAUUGUAAACCAAGGGAAGUUGGUUUCAGAUGAGAUUAUAAUAAGCUUAUUGUCGAAGAGACUUGAGGCUGGAGAAGCUAAAGGUGAAUCAGGAUUUCUUCUCGAUGGUUUCCCACGAACAGUUAGACAAGCGGAAAUAUUAGAUGACGUGACGGACAUUGACUUGGUUAUUAAUCUCAAGCUCCCUGAAAACAUAUUGGUUGAGAAAUGCCUUGGCCGGAGGAUUUGCAACCAAUGUGGGAAAAAUUUCAAUGUGGCAUCCAUUAAUGCUAAGGGUGAGAAUGGGAGUCCUGGAAUCAGCAUGGCUCCACUUCUUCCCCCUUCGCACUGCAUCUCAAAGCUCAUCACUCGGGCUGAUGAUACUGAAGCUGUUGUGAAAGAACGACUUCGUGUAUACAAUGAUAAGAGUCUGCCAGUGGAGGAGUUCUACCGCACCCAAGGAAAAUUGCUGGAGUUUGAUCUGCCUGGAGGCAUCCCAGAAUCCUGGCCAAAAUUGCUGGAAGCUCUUAAUCUCGAUGUCCAUGAGGGCAAACAGUCUGCUGCAGCAUAG